UAAAACCGUUCAAAAUGUCUCUAGCGGAUGAAUUACUAGCUGAUCUGGAGGAGGACAACGAUAAUGAAUUGGAUGAAGAUGAUACUGAGAUGGCUACUGCCGAGGAUGAAAGCCUUUUGGCUGAAAAACUGGCAAAGCCGACUCCUAAUCUCAUGGAGGUAGAUGUGGCCGUGCAAUCAGUGCGAGAGCUCUGCAAGCUACGUGACUCGGAGCGCCUGAGAAAAACCCUUCAGCAGAUCGAGCACUACGCGAGUCGCCAACGAACCGCCGCUGAGAUGUUGGGGAGUGUGGAGUCUGAUCCGGAAUAUUGCCUCAUCGUGGAUGCUAAUGCCAUAGCUGUGGACAUCGACAACGAGAUCUCUAUUGUUCACAAAUUCACCAAAGAAAAGUAUCAGAAGCGUUUCCCUGAGCUGGAUUCGUUAAUUGUUGGAGAGAUGGAGUAUCUUUUGGCCGUGAAGGAGUUGGGAAAUGACCUGGACCAGGUCAAAAACAACGAGAAGCUGCAGGCGAUUCUUACACAGGCCACUAUUAUGAUUGUAUCAGUCACAGCUUCAACAACGCAGGGAACCAUGCUAACUCCAGCGGAGAAGUCCAAGAUAGACGAGGCUUGCGAAAUGGCCAUCGAACUCAACAACUUCAAGUCAAAAAUCUACGAGUACGUCGAGAGCCGCAUGACAUUCAUAGCUCCCAACCUGUCGAUGAUUGUGGGCGCAUCAACUGCAGCCAAGCUUUUGGGAAUCGCAGGAGGUCUCUCCAAGCUUUCCAAAAUGCCCGCCUGCAAUGUCCAGGUUUUGGGGGCCCAGAAGAAAACACUGUCGGGCUUUUCACAAACCCAGAUGCUGCCGCACACAGGCUACGUUUACUACUCCCAGAUUGUGCAGGAUACCGCUCCAGAUUUGCGCCGCAAGGCUGCGCGAUUGGUAGCCGCCAAGUCAGUGCUAGCCGCUCGGGUAGAUGCCUGCCAUGAGAGUGUCCACGGGGAGAUUGGUCUGCGCUUUAAGGAGGAUAUUGAAAAGAAGUUGGAUAAACUGCAGGAGCCGCCGCCGGUGAAGUUCAUCAAACCCUUGCCGAAGCCCAUUGAGGGAAGCAAGAAGAAACGGGGAGGCAAACGUGUGCGCAAAAUGAAGGAGCGAUACGCGCUUACAGAGUUCCGUAAGCAAGCUAACCGCAUGAAUUUCGGAGAUAUCGAAGAGGAUGCCUACCAGGGGGAUUUGGGCUACUCCCGUGGCACUAUUGGAAAGACUGGUACGGGCCGUAUUCGGUUGCCACAAGUGGACGAGAAGACCAAGGUGCGCAUCAGCAAGACCCUGCACAAGAAUCUCCAAAAGCAACAGGUCUACGGAGGCAACACCACAGUCAAGCGUCAGAUAUCGGGAACAGCCUCGAGUGUUGCCUUCACGCCGCUGCAAGGCCUGGAGAUUGUCAACCCACAGGCGGCGGAGCGAUCACAGACCGAAUCCAAUGCCAAAUACUUUUCAAACACCUCUGGAUUCCUUUCGGUGGGUCAGCGGACCACAUAA